AUGUCGAGCACAGCACAUUGCACGGAACUCGGCCCAACAUGCCCAGUCGAAGCAACAACGUACGGCUACGCACCAGUCCUGGGCGCAAAUGCCACCCUACUUACUGUAUUCAUCCUUUGCGCCAUCAUACAGCUAGUGUUUGGUACCUGGAAACGGGUGUACUCCUAUUCGUUUGCCAUCUUUUUCGGAUGCGUUUUGGAGGCAGUUGGGUAUGUGGGGAGGUUAAUGAUGCAUCAGAAUCCUUGGUCGAGCUCAGGUUUCAGGAUGCAGAUCAUCUGCCUUAUUAUCGCUCCAUCAUUCAUUGCAGCUGGCAUUUAUUUAACUAUGAAGCAUUUCAUCCGGUGCAACAACCCGGAAUACUCUUUCCUGAAACCUCAGCUGUACACAUGGAUUUUUAUAGGCUGCGAUAUUGGGUCGAUCUUGUUGCAAGCUGCAGGAGGAGGGAUUGCAGGCUCUGCUGGCUCGGAAAACCAGCACUUACUGGACAUCGGGAACAAUGUUAUGAUUGCCGGUAUUGCCUUUCAAGUCGUUACGAUGGUUAUUUGCGGUAUUUUAGCCUCGAUCUAUGCCGCACGCCGAUGGCAGCAUAGGCACAAGCCUGCAGUUGGUAAAUUUUACCAAACCACACAGGUCUUUAUGUGCGCCGUGGGGUUCGCAUACCUGGUUGUACUUAUUCGAUGCAUAUACAGGCUACCUGAGAUGGCCGGCGGCUGGGGAAACGAGUUGAUGCGGAACGAGAUGGAGUUUCUCGUUCUAGAUGGCUUAAUGGUUGCGCUAGCUAGUGUCGCUUUGACGAUUGUCCAUCCCGCCUUCUUCUUGCCCGCUAUGAGGACUACUCGCAGCGAGGAGAAGGCUUACGGUUUAUCCUCAUUUGUAAAUAGCACUGGAGCUAUUAGUACUUAA